UCCGUACAACAUCCACUUCCCGUGUCUGCGGUGUCUGCUGUGUCUGGACGUCGACUGAUUGUGCCAUUCUCUGGGGUUUCUUAUCUGACCACCCUGCCUCGCAUUGGACUACCCUGGCAUCCUCCAGUAUUCAGCCAGCCGCGCAAGAUGACCACCCCGACUCUGAUCAACCUCCCUCCCCCGCCGUCUGACCCAGUCACUCCCUCAGAGAUGGGGCCAGGGACUCCCAAUUCCGGCACCACCUCUCUGUCUGCAUUGUCGACCACCGCCAUCAAAGACGGACAUCAAGGCCACCCCCUCCCACACGGUCGCCAUGCCCACCACUCCCCCUCCACCUCGAACACGUCCACAACGACCCUAGAGGCCGAACGAGCCGAUCGCAUCUCGCGCCUGGCGGGCCUGGAGCGGGUGGCCACGGCCCGAGCGGGCGGCACCCCCCAGCCCAGCGGUGUCGCGCCGGUGCCUCAAUACCCGGGCUACUUCGACAGUGGCUCCGGCAUCAAGGAGCGAAGCACCGUGGGCAGCGCCAGUGCCACGGGCAGCGUCGGCGCCCGCACGACCUGGGCCAGCGGCAGUGACGCCUUCGAUGCGGACAAGAUGAGCGAAUACCCGGAGGAUGGGACCUCCAGUGUGGGCAACUUCAGCGACGAAGGGGACGCCAGCCUGGUCGCAUUUGGCGAAGGCGCCAGCACCCUCAGUGGACCGAUCUCCAACCCGCGUCUGAACCGCACGUCGUCGGGAGGGCGGCCCAGUUCCUUGGGCAGCCCCGGCGUGAGUCGUGCGAACCCCGUGGCCUCCCCCCUGCAGCACUCCGGGGACGUAUCGAUGUCGCAGUCGACCCAGUCGCCUACGGGAUCGGUGACGCCGGAGCCCACGCAGGAUGCGCGGAUGGUGGACGGGGUGACCUAUGACCCGGAUGUGAUUGAUACAACGGUGAGGACCCCGCGGCUGGCCACUCCCGCGCAGGGUGGCGACCCGCUUAACGAGUAGUCGGGCCGAGGAUCAUUGGGCGAAAACGGACCAGGGGCGUUUCUAGG